AUGAGCAUUACUAGUGAGGAGCUAAACUAUCUAAUCUGGAGGUAUCUCCAAGAAACGGGCAACGAAGUGAGUGCGCUGGCCUUGCAAGAGGAAACUCGAGUGCUUGAGUUCGAUUCGAAAUAUGGGAAGGAAGUACCGCUAGGGACUCUUGUGGAGCUUGUACAAAAGGGGAUACUUUAUACAGAGUGCGACCUAUUGGUAGAGAAUGAUGGAAAGGUGAAGCCAAUAGACAAUACAUAUUUAACUCAGAACUUCAAUUUGGCACAAGCCCUCCAGGUGGAAAAGGAAAAAGGCCCCAAUCGACUGACUGACGGAAGGUUUGCCUUGGAACAUGAGAAUGACAGUGCAGGUGGUAAGGAAGACUCAGAGGAGGAUGUGAAGUCAUGGAGGACCUACAAGGGUGCCGAAGAGGCAAACAAGCCAAAUGGUUUUAUAAGGACACUGAGAGAAGUGCAUAAGCUGGCCAAAAUUGUUACUUGUAGUUGGAAUCCUGUAAUACGUUCUGUUCUGGCACUUGGUGAAAAGGAUUCGCAGGCGAGGUUAUUGCACUUUGACGAUGACAACGCAACAAUCAAGAACGAAUACGAGCUGAAACAUCCUUUUGCCCCAAAUGUGGUCAGUGAAAAAGCUACUAAUGAAGUUACGUGCUUAUCUUGGUCGCUCAAUGGUCAAGAUAUAGUAACCGGAACAGAGAAUGGUGAACUACGUUUGUGGAACAGUGAGGGAAAACUGAAAAAUGUCCUUAAUUUCCAUCGCUCCCCAAUAAUAUGCAUAAAGUGGAACUCGGACUCUACCCAUUUCAUAACAGCUGAUGUAGAAAACGUGACGAUUGUAUGGAAUGCGUUAACAGGUACUGCACUACAACAUUUCGAACUUAAAGCACAGGAAAGUGCUACCGAUUCACUUGGAGUUGAUCUCGAGUGGGUUGAAAAUGAUAAAUUUAUUAUUCCAGGUCCUCAGGGUUCGCUGGCUGUUUAUCAGAUGGGUGAGAACAAACCAAUAGGCCGACUUAACGGCCACCAAGGUCCUAUAAGUGUAUUAAAGUUCAAUCCAAGUAACAACCUUUUAUUAAGCGCCUCAGACGAUCAUGCUAUAAGAAUCUGGCGAGGUGGAAGUGGUAACUCAUGCAAUUGCUUCCUCGGACACUCCCAGAGCAUCGUAUCGGCUGAUUGGAUAGACGACGAUAAGGUCGUAUCAGCAUCUAUGGACGGUACUGUACGGUUAUGGUCUGUUGUGGACAAUUCGCUGCUUGCAAUGUCAAUGACUGAUGGAGUUCCAGUCUUUUCGGGAAAGCUCUCAAAAGACAGGACCAAGUAUGCUGUUGGAUUGAUGGAUGGCCAGAUUACAGUUUACGACGUUCAAGCUCCACCAGAAAAAAGAGGUUCGACAAAUUUGUCUGCAUCCAUUGAUCCUUUGCCUCUUCAUGGAACAUUUCAAAGCCCCAAGGAUGGAGAUAGUAGUUUCGACCUCUCGUGGUGUUACGAUAAUGAUAAACUGGCCGUGGCUUACUCCAUAGGUGACGGGGCCAUCAUUUCUAUGUAG